AGCGAAAAGAGAGAACGAGAAUGUGAGAAAUAGCGACAGGCUCCGCGCAAACAGCAUCUCUGGAACUGGACCUGAGCACCAGGCUGACUGCUCGGCUGCAAGGAGAGAGCCUAGUUUCCCUCACCAAUGAUACAGAAUACAGAAUCUCUCCUCUUUAGCCGCCUUUCUCUGUGCUUGCUCAGAAUGGAUUCCCGAAGCCUAAUUGAGAGAGCAGCGGCAGCAGCAGCAGCAACCUUUCACUUAUUAAGUUUUACUCUACUGGGUAUUGCGUUAUCUCUCUCCAUUUCUACCUUGGAGAAGCAAAGGUGAGUGAGCUCCGGGAGUAAGCACACGUUUGGGAAUGAGUGACUUUGGAGAGCGGUCAUACUGAUGGAAGAGGCUGCUGAAAGAAGACCUGAGGCUCAGAAGCGGAGGGUCUCUCGCCCAGCUGUGAGACUGGCUUGCCCGGUCAGCCUUUCACCAACACACUUAAGAAUUUCAUACUUGCCGACCAACAGUACAAACCAUGAACCUGUCACAACUGCUUGACUGGAGAACCUUGAACUCAAGCGGAUUCUUCCUGAACUCAUCAGAGCAUCACCCUUGUCCACUGGGUUUCGGACACUACAAUUCAGUGGACAUAUGCAUACUGGAAACUACCAUCAUUGUGCUGCUAACGUUCUUGAUAAUUACUGGGAACCUAACGGUCAUCUUCGUCUUUCAUUGUGCCCCGUUACUGCACCAUUACACGACCAGUUACUUCAUCCAGACGAUGGCAUACGCGGACUUGCUUGUGGGAGUCAGUUGCCUGGUUCCCACGUUAUCCCUUCUUCACUACUCCACGGGGGUCCACGAAUCUUUGACAUGUCAAGUAUUUGGCUAUAUCAUAUCUGUGCUAAAAAGCGUCUCCAUGGCCUGUUUAGCGUUCAUCAGUGUGGAUCGAUACCUAGCCAUCACCAAACCCCUUUCCUACAACCAGCUGGUCACGCCAUGUAGACUACGCCUCUGUAUCAUCCUUAUCUGGAUUUAUUCAGGUUUGAUCUUCUUGCCAUCUUUUUUUGGCUGGGGUAAGCCUGGCUACCAUGGAGACAUCUUUGAGUGGUGCGCCAUCUCUUGGCAUACCAGUGCCUACUUCACUGGCUUCAUUGUGUGCCUGCUGUAUGCCCCCGCAGCACUGGUUAUAUGUUUCACGUACUUUCACAUCUUCCGCAUCUGCCGGCAGCACACCAAAGAAAUUAGCGACCGCCGAGCUCGCUUUCCCAGUCACGAAGCCGAGUCAACUGGAGAAGGUGGGCCCGGUCACAGCCCUGACCGACGCUACGCGAUGGUCUUGUUCCGAAUAACCAGCGUUUUCUAUAUGCUAUGGCUCCCCUACAUCAUAUACUUUUUAUUGGAGAGCUGGCGGGCGCUGGAUAACCCCGCCUUGUCUUUUCUAACCACCUGGUUGGCCAUAAGCAAUAGUUUCUGUAACUGUGUCAUCUACAGCUUGUCCAACAGUGUUUUCCGGCUCGGCCUUCGGAGGCUGUCAGAAACAAUAUGUUCACCAUGUAUGUGUUCUAAAGACAAGAAUGAACGGGAACCUAAACCCCGAAAACGCGCUAACUCCUGUUCUAUUUGAAGUCAUUGUAGUGACAGUCCUAAGUCGGGAGCGUGCCUGCACCAGGCCCCAGGAUGCUGCUUUCUCAACAAACAAAAAAAUCUACGAAAUUAUUUUAGCGCCUCAUUUUGGCUCAAUUGUUUGAGUUUUUGAUUUGCAUUGGAAAUGUGAACCAUUAAACUCUGAUCCAAACAGAGAUGCAAAAGAGCACACGAAUCUGUGCACUGCUGUCAAAAAUGAGUCACGCUGUUGUGGGAGGGGAGCAGAGUAUCAAAGGGGGAGAAAAAAAAGGUGUCGGUUUGGAUAAGAUUAGCUAAUUAAUGCGGAUAUUCUGCAGAAAUAUCAGAUAUCGUACAAAAAAUUACAAAAAGGUCACUUCCUUUUUUUUUUUUGUAUUCCUAAAAUAUAAGUUCUACAUUGCCUUGGCAGGAGAAUUAAAAAGAUUACUGUCCGAGGCUGGUGUUACUAAAACCACAGUGAUAAACUAUUACGUCAGCUGAAGGUGACCAUAUUGCUGUUUACAAUGUACUGUAUUAGUCUUUUUUUUUAUUUUUUCCCAAAUUUUUUUUUUCUUUAUAGGUUUAAUUUUAUUAAGUUGUGUUAUUAUUAUGCCGGUUCAGUGUAAGAAGAGUAGGCGUAACGAACGCCGCUGUCACUGACUGAACGGUUUGAGAGUUUACAAUUGCCUGUGCAAUCUGCAGGUGACAAUGAAGUGUUCUGUGAUGGUAUGCGUGUUCUCACCAUCCCCAAGACGCCAGCUGCCUUUUUCCUCUAGUAUACCUUAUAAGACAUGACAUAUCUUCUUGGAACUGAGCUGCUAUGAACGUGUUUUUUAAAAAAAAAAAAAUUGAUGGGUAUUAGCUAUAAAUCUAAAUUUAGAUCUCUUAGCCUUUGCGUAGACAAAAAGCGUCUCUGAUAUACCUUCAAAAAGUUGCGGGAACGAGACAUUUAAUUUGUAUCCUACGUGUAUAUGCUUUGUGUAUUUAUUGAUCAGUCUCAUAAAAGACAUGGCUCUGGUUUCCAAGUAGAGGCUUUUUGCAAUCCCGGCCACCCAGUUGUUAUCGAGCUUUUUUUUUUUUUUUUUUUUGUCAGACCGAGGCAGUGGCUCCUUCCAGAAUUAGAAGCCGUGACCUUUUCUUUCAAUUUUUUUUUUUUAUUCCUCCCCCCAGAACAAUUGGUGAUUUCACCAGCCAUGCAAAAAAUAGAAUCUGCUAAAUGGACUAUGUUCCUGCUAUACAUUUAUUCCGUCCUUGUUCUAGGGUUCAUCCAGCUUGCUGCUGUUUUUGACCGUUCCUUGUAUACAUUAUAUAUUUAAUUAAAAAAA